CGCUCUCGCUGUAAUCCCGCGAACAGCGAUCGGCACGCAUUAUCUCGCGAGAUCACAACGGAAACUUCCUCUUUGCGUUCUCGCCGCCAUGCCGACCAAGAAGUCCAAGACUAGGAAGCUGCGCGGGCACGUCAGCCACGGGCACGGGCGCAUCGGUAAACACAGAAAGCAUCCCGGAGGUCGCGGUAAUGCCGGAGGAAUGCAUCAUCACAGAAUCAACUUCGACAAAUACCAUCCAGGUUAUUUCGGUAAGGUGGGCAUGAGGCAUUACCAUCUGAAGAAGAACACCAUCUUCUGCCCCACCAUUAACCUGGACAAGCUGUGGACGCUGGUCAGCGAGCAGACGAGGGUCAACUACGGCAAGAAGCCUGACGGCCCAGCGCCCAUCAUCGACGUCGUGCGCGCCGGCUACUUCAAAGUGCUGGGCAAAGGCAAGCUGCCGAAGCAGCCGGUGAUCGUGAAGGCCAAGUUCUUCAGCCGGCGGGCCGAGGAGAAGAUCAAGGGUGUUGGAGGAGCGUGUGUGCUGACCGCAUAAACACCUUUUGAUAAAUAAAACUGAUAAAAAAACUCGCCCUGCUUCCUCUGACUUUCUGUACAUGAUCUCACUGAUGUAAACCUGCGCUCUGUGUCUUACAAACCUCAUCUGAAGGGGUUGAGCGUUGAUUCUCAUCAGUGGUUUUCAGCUGGUCUUUAGUAUUUCCUGUGGGCAUUUAUUGGCCCAACACAUUUGAUUUGGGUGAAUGUCCUUAAAUGUAACAUUAAACCUGUAACAUUCCCACUA